UUCAUCCUCCCUCCCAGGCUGAACUGGAGAAACUAGUUCUCUCUGCCUCCCCGCCCCGCAGGCGUUCCCUCACUUUCCCGUCACACCCCACCUUGGCUGGAGGGUGGGCUCCCAGUCCCUGCCAGUCUUGGCCCUGCCCUCUUCUGCCUCCUCCCUGGCGUGGGGCUUUGUCUGGAGCUGGAGGAUAGGUCUCCAGGGUUGAGGGACCCAGGAGCUGGCAUCCACCCAUGCGGGUGACCGAACACAUCCACAGAUCGGGGUGCUGGUGCUCUGGGCUGGCCCCCGGGGGGACCGCGCUGGCUUGGGCAAGGCAGCCGUGAGCUCGUCGUGUCAUUGCCUGGCAACAAGAGGAUGAGCUUAGUCCAAAGGGAAAGAGGAGCUCUAUCUCGGCAAGUGGAACUCCACCUUCCCUCCCUUUCCCCCCUGUAGCUCUCUAUUGGCCAGGCCCAGUGAGGCCGGGGAAGAGGGGGCAGCCCUGCAGGAAGACGGUGGCCCCAGCCUGAAGCCCAGGCACUACGCGAAACAGACUGCAUCUCCCAGAAGCGCCCUGGGUUUGGGGCUCGAUCAGCCAAGGAAGCAACUGUCCCACGGGUUGCUGGGAGUCGUAGUCCUGGGGCCGCACUGCCCACUCGGGCUGCAGCGGGGCGUGAGAAGAUUGGAACUUGACUCCCUCGGGUGUUCCCAGGACUCCCAGUCACAAUCCGGGAUUCCACGGCCCUGUGAGGUCAUACAGGGGAGUCCUUGCCUAGCACCUCGGUCGCCCACCAAAUCAAUGUCCAAUAGAACGGGUAGGGGCAGCGGGGCGUCUGGGGUCCGUGGAGAAGGCAACUGUUCACGUGGGAGUCUCCUGACCUGGCUCACACUCCCAGAGCCCAAUAAGGGCUUAGAUAUCGUCCACAGGAGCUCAGAGAGGAGAAGGGGACCGUUCUAGGAUCCCCACCCCACCCGCUUUCCUGUUUGCUGUGGGACUACAGCUCCCAGCAGUGCGUAGGGAGCGCUGGCCUCACAGAACGACCAUGUCCCCGAGGCGUGGUGACUUAUGGGCAAUGUAGUUAAGGCGGCGCAUCUGCAAGGGAUACGCCCAGAGGAGCCUUGUGGUGGAUUCCCUAACCUGCAUGGGCAGUCUUCUACGCUCCGCGUUGCCCCUGGGGUUCGUGGUCUUGGCCCUAGCAUUGAGCCAGCGCCGAGCGUGGGGAUGCUUGCUCUGCGACCCCGCAGUGGUGGCGGGACUACGAGAUCUGGAGCAGAACUACCUGCCCAGCCACAUGGACUUGGACCCCCAAGCUCUGCAGACUUUAGUGAACCGGCUGGAGGAGACUAUGCAACAGUUUAGCGAUCUUCCGGUUGAGGAGAACGCCUACCAGGGCGUCAUAGAUGAGCCCACGCUGAGCAAAGCGUCCUGGGCCUUCCUGAAAGAGCUAAGGCGAAUCAGAGACAGCAGCCUCAGAGACGAUUUCCUCUUGAAGGAGCUCACCUGGACAUUGCAUAUGCAGAAGGAGCAGUUCAUUCGCCUGGCUGUGAAGUUCCAGAGGGAAAGUCUUUGUCCCAACAAAUGCGGCUUCAUGUUGCAGACCCUCAUCUGGUGCCAUGGGUGUGAGAAACAGGUGCACUCGUGUCAAAAGUCUUACGAUUGCGGGGCACAAAGCGUGCGGGUGACGGAGAACGAUGACUUGGUCUUGGACUGUGAACUGAGUUGGCAUAAAGCAGCCGAAGGUCUGACGGACUACAGAUUCUACAGGGUGCUCCCGGGUCCUAUGUCGUGCCUGGCCCUCGGUGUAAACUCUAGAUCCCUCGGCCUCCCUACGCCCCUGUGGAUCCCAGCCGGGCUCUGGAGCUGCCCUGACCCUUGCAUGUUAAUCCCCCGGGGCUGGGGCCAGGUCUGGCCAAAUGGCUCAGAAAUCCUGGUAAGUCAGAGCCAAGAGUCCACCCUGACCAAGCCCAUGGUGUCCUUGGAAGACUCGGGUGUCUAUCGUUGCAUCUUGGGUACGAUUCGCGAGCACAGCCCAGCCACAGUCAUCACGUACCACGUAAAAGUUGACCAGGAAGAAGAACAGUCCAUUGUGACUUGGACUUCAUUUCCGUUCGAGGCUGAGGCCGGCUUGGAGGCUGAGCUCGGCCCGCAGUUUGAGCUCGACCCGUGCACCGACCACGGAGAAGUCUUCGCGGACUCAGGCCAAAACGCCGCCAGAAUCCUCAACAUCACCCUGAUCUGGCUAGUCGCUGGUGCAGCGGCUGCAGUGCUGGGGAGUCUGGCGCUGACGUGAGCACUGGGCGCUGCCAGACCCGCCUCUAUUGCGCCCGCAGGGCGGGCCUAGACCUGGGCCGGGCGAGUAAGUAAGGCCAAGGGAAUGCCAGCAGCCAAUGUUCCUGGAAGGAUUCUUCGGCCCCGGGAUGCGCAGAUCCAGGGCACCCUUACCCUUCAGUCAAUAAAAACGUCUCCUCCUC